AUGGGUUUAUUAACAGAUCCUCGAGCAGGAUCAGGAAAAAUAAUAAAAUUUUUAUUAAAAUGGGAACGGCCCCUUUGUUAUUUUUUAUACAUAAGUGGUAUUAUAUGGAUGUUACUUCUUCCUUUACCCGUAUUUAAUGAUAAUACUUAUUUCUCUGAAAAUGCUUUAUUACCAGGAUUGGUUACAAAAGAAAGUAAUUUGGAACAAAUAGCAAAGCAUUAUUAUGUACACUUAUUGCAUGAAAUGAAACGAUAUCCAGAUAUGAUGCCAUAUGCAUGGUUAACUGCUACAUUAAACCAGCUUCAUUUAGAUGUUUUUCUACAUAAUUUUACAUUAAUAUAUCCUUUCCAAGAACAACAAUUUAUAGGUCAAAAUAUAUAUGGAAUUAUAAGAGCUCCAAGAGCAGCCAGUACAGAAGCAAUUGUAGUAAGUGUUCCUUUUAGACCAAUUAAUAGUAUUUAUUUGGAUACUACACCUUCUAUUGCUCUACUUCUUGCAUUUGCUAAAUUUUGUAGAAAACAAAAAUAUUGGGCAAAGGAUAUUAUAUUUUUAAUAACAGAACAUGAACAAUUAGGAAUACAAGCAUGGUUAGAUGCAUAUCAUGGAGUUAUAAGUGGCAAUGAAGGGGUAUUAUUAUCUGGAGAUCUUCCUGGUCGUGCUGGUUCAAUUCAAGCUGCUAUUAAUUUAGAGUUACAUUCAAUGAAGAUUUCAUCUAUUGAUGUUAAGAUAGAAGGAUUAAAUGGACGAUUACCCAAUUUAGAUCUUUUUAAUUUGGCACAAAAUAUGAUAGCUAAAGAAGGAAUUCGGCAAUCUUUUCAAAGACGUUUUGAUGUUAAAUAUAAAAACAAUUUAAAUUGGUGGUAUCAUUUUAAUACUCUUCUGAUGAUGAUCACAAGUCAAGCUACUGGAAUUCCAACAGGAAAUCAUGGAUUAUUCCAUAGAUUUGGUAUUGAAGCAAUUACUUUAGAAGGUUUUGAAAAACCUGGUCACCAAAGUUCUGAUGGAAAUUUUUAUCAAGUUGGUCGUAUUGUAGAAAGUAUUAUACGAUCAUUAAAUAAUUUGUUAGAACGUUUUCAUCAAUCUUAUUUCUUUUUACUUCCAUCAACUGAUACUUACAUUUCUAUUGGACUUUAUAUAAGAUCUUUAGUCUUAAUUAUUGCUGGAAUAUUUAUAAAAGCUUUUUCCAUGUGGCAAAGACUUCAAAUAUCUAAUUCUGUAGAAGAUAAAAAAAUUUCUAUUAUUAAACAACCAAAGGAUGAUAGAUUGGAUAUUGGUAUUAUUACAUCAGAAAUAUUAUGGGUUCAUAUCUGUGGAAUUGUGAUUACAACAUCCCCAAUUGUAUUUACUUAUUUUGGCAAAGAAAUGAAUUUUCGUACAGAAGAUUCUAUAUAUUUUGGUUUCAUGGCUAUAACUAUUUUAACACUAAUAUGGCCUUUAUAUUGCAAACGACAAAUAAAGUAUAAAAAUGCAGUUUUAGUUUGUGUAAUUGCAUUAGUAGAAUUAGGUACAAUAUUAAUGUGUAUGGCAAUGCAUAAUUUUUCUCUAGCACUCCUUGUGGCUGUAAUUUAUGUACCUAUUAUUCUAUCAAUAACACCAAAACAAAAUUUCACAAAAGUUCACAAAAUGCUAUCUCUUAUCUGGGUUUUUCUACAUCCAUUUAUAAUUGCAAGUUUAUUCAUAAUAUGUUAUACAUAUGUGAACUUUUCUUCAGAUUCUUUAUUUUCAAUAUUAUUUCGUGGACAUCGUGCUAUAAAACAAGCAUUUGUAUUUAGUAUUAUGGAUUCAAUGAUUUAUGGAAAUUGGUUAUAUAAUGUAACAGUUUCUAUAAUGUUUCCUAUUUGGAUUUUAUUUUGGAAUAUUUUAUGUUCUAAUAGUAGUAUAAACUUAUAAUAUAUAUAUAAUUUUUAAUAUUUAAUAUAUAAAUAAACUUUUUUAUAAUAAAGAUUAUA